AGCCGAUGUGGGGAAGCCCAUCACCCAUGAAUCGUGCGCACGUGGCACCGACGCACGGGGCGUUCUGCGUUGCUGGGGUUUGGUGGCGCUGCAUCGUGCAUGCUAUCCAAUCGGAAUCUAAGGGAGUCUGGCAGGGGGCGCGUCGACUGAAGUGACGCCUGAGUGCAGGUGGUGAAGACUCUACAUACAGCACAGCGACGGAACACGAAUGCCGUUGAGAGUCGAAUACCGGUGGUUGCGGCACGAGAUGGAGUCCCCCGCUGUGGAGAGCGAGAACGCUGUUUCAAAGACCUCUCCGCCGCAUCUAUGCAUCUAUCGAUGCGUCACGUACCAUAAACUGACAGGAUGGAUUUUCCCGGUGUCGCUUUGAUCACAGGGGCAGCAUCUGGAAUCGGUCGCGAAACCGCUCUCCUUUACGCCAGAGAAGGCUGCAAAGCCCUCACAAUCGCCGACCUCAACGCCGCCGGCCUUGAAGAGACCAAAAAGAAAAUUGAAGCCAUAAACCCCGACGCCAAAGUUAGGAUAGCCGUUUGCAAUGUCACAGACGAAGCCGCCGUGCAGAGCAUGGUCGACGGCACCGUUGAGCAAUUCGGCCGCCUCGACUAUGCCGCGAACGUGGCAGGGAUGAUCUUGCUAGGCGUGCAGACGGCCGACAUGAGCACCGACUUCUUUGAAAAGCAUUACCAGGUCAAUUUGCGGGGCCUGUUCUUCUGCGAGAGGGCAGAGUUGCAAGCGAUGUUGAAGCAGGAGCCGAUUACGUCGAAAGACUCCAAGUAUCCAGCGCGGGGGGCCAUUGUGAAUGUCUCGUCCAUGUCGGGGUUAGUAGCUUCGCCGGAUAUUCCGGCGUACGCUGCUAGUAAAUUCGGAGUCAUUGGGCUAACCAAGUCUGAUGGUAUGAACUACGGCAAAAAGCUCAUCAGAGUUAAUGCGGUUGCUCCAGGAGCAGUUGCGACGCCUAUAUUAGCUAAUUCAGGCAACAAAGCCUCUGCCACUCCGCUGAAGGACUCGGCGUCUAUGGAUAAUGGGUUGGGGCGCUUUGGAGACCCAGAAGAGCUGGCGCAGUGUAUUGUCUGGCUUACGAGUGGCCGAGCUAGCUACGUGACUGCUUCAACUGUAGUUGCGAAUGGUGGACAGCUGGGGGGAUAGUUCGUCAAA